AUGAAGGUGUUCGCGAUUACGAUCCUCUUGGCGCUCGUAGCCACCACCUAUGCCGGUUACAUAAGCAGCGGCUGGUCCGGCGGUGGUGGCGGAUGGAGCGGCGGCGGUGGCGGCGGUGGAUGGAAGGGAGGGUGGAGCGGCGGCGGUGGUGGUGGCGGAUGGAGCGGCGGCGGCGGCGGUGGUGGCGGCGGUGGAAAAAUCAUCAAAGUGAUCACUGUGAGCGGCGGUGGAGGUGGAUGGCCUAGCGGCGGCGGCGGUGGCGGAUGGAACGGUGGUGGCGGCGGCGGUGGAUGGAAAGGAGGAUGGAGCGGCGGUGGUGGUGGUGGCGGAUGGAGCGGCGGCGGCGGCGGUGGUAAGAAAACAAUUUAA